AUGGCUUUACAAACAACCGUUCAACUGGAAUUAUCAGCAACAGCCAAUGCUUCCUUCGUGGUUUUUGUUUCUGUUCAGAAGCUACCAACUUCAUCAAUUGGACCCAAAACUGAUAUGGGAUCAUACAUGCCUACUCCGCUCCUCGACAAAAGUUUGCCCUACUUCUAG